GUCCAACUUCGGUCACUCGAAUUGCUUUUUUUUUAUGAAUGUCACUCGAAUUACUGAAACAUGUCACAUUUAGUCAUUCUCCCGUUAGCCUCCGUCCAACUCCGUUAAUGAAGUUGGACAGAAACUAACGGAAGAGUAAAUAAAUGUGACAUAUUUUAGUAAUUCAAGUGAUAAAAUUGAUAUUAAUUUUUUCUAAUAAUUGAAUAUGACAUAAUUUGAUAAUCUCGGUGAUCAAAUGUGGCAUUCACCAUGUUGAUUGUUGUGAUGAGAUGGAAUUUGAAUUAUUUGAACUUUGAAGUUUGAACUCCCAUAAAACCGAUAAACGUGUGAAAAGGAAGGAAGAAGCGAAGAGAAAAAAGAAAACGAAGAUGGGCGCUAGCUGCUGACAUAGAACAAAAAGGACACAUUAAUUUUCUUUUUUUCUUUCUCCUUCUCUCACAAACUCGCUCCCUAUUUUUCCUCUGUCGUUUUCUUGCUUUGCUUUCUGACCUUCUUGACCUGCGCGUCGUUCGGUUCGCCGGAACCCUAACUCGAUCCUCCACUUCCGCACCAAUUCGACACUCUAGUUUUACAGCUUUCGGCGGACGACUAGUUUUCGUCUUCAGUACCAUACUAUCUUUUUUCUGCUCGAUUAGGUCUUCCCUCCCUACCUUUUUCGAUUACCAGAAAGGCUAAUAAUCCCGGUGGCGGUGUGGCUCUCUCCGGGUGCCGGUCUUGGUUGGAAGGUUUAGAUGAACGUACGACUGGGGAACACUUGAGGCCUGGGAUUUUGUCUCCGAAUGGAGGGAGGUAGCCUCUCUACACUUACUUGUUCUGCUGCUGGUACUCCUUCAUUUCCCACCUUUCCUUUACUCGUAAAUUCGAAGUUUGAAGUUAGGGUAGGGGGUCGUCCUUUUGGAGUCCGAGCCCUUUCGAAAUGGUUAUGGCUCUUGGGAGCUUGGUUGAGUUUUCAUGGUAGUUGGUGCAAAUAGGUUGUGAUAACAGGCUUAGUGACUGAAUGUUUCUCUAGGAGUGAACCAGGGUUUCGAAGUAGUGUUUGCAUCGGUUCUUGGAUUUGGAUUCGGCUUCUGCUGGGCCUUUCUUUUUUCUGUUGACGAGUGUUAGUAUUCUGCUCUUCUGUCUCGCAUUUACUUCUAUGGGGGAACUAAUUUAGCUACAGUAGUUUGUAUGCCCUUGCAACUUGGUAGCAAGCAAUUUCAUCUGCAACAAUUGUAGCUAGCCUCAUGAAUGCAAUUAUAAGCUGUAACUUCGCACAUGUUAUGCCUGUUUCUUUUUUGGUCAGCCCUUUCCUAUCAUAUCCUGCUGCAUUUGAUGAACUGACGUUGGAAAGUUAUGUUACUGAUAAGGUUUAUAAGAUCUCAAUUUAGUUAAGUAGUAUGGUAGCAGAAAAGGUAGGAAAUGGCAGGGAACAGAUUGGUACUUUUUUCUGUGCUAUAGGUGCACAGACGGGGAUCGGGAAAUUCGCAUAAGCUUUAAAUUAGAUUGUGUUAUAAAUUAUAAUCUCUAUUCCUGACUCUGAAAGAUUAUGUGUGCCCUAGUCUGUUCCUGCUGUGCUAUGCAUGCGACUUUGAUAUGUAAUUCUGCACCACCUAGAACUUACUCCUUGCUAUUAUCAUAAUUAGGGAUAUACCCAUGGAUUAUGAUGACAAUGAUUUUCAAAGCCAGAAUCGUCAUUUAGCUGGUGAAGGGAGCAACAAGUUUCCUCCAGUAUUACGUCCAUAUGCUCUUCCUAAGUUUGAAUUUGAUGACAAUCUGCAUGGGCCAUUAAGGUUUGAUAAUCUAGUAGAAACCGAGGUUUUCCUUGGCAUUGAAAGCAACGAAGACAGUCAGUGGAUUGAAGAUUAUUCACGAGGAAGCCCCACGAUACAAUUCACUUCAAGUGCAGCAGAGUCUUGCUGCAUUUCAAGACAGAACAAUGUUUGGUCUGAGGCCACUUCCUCAGAAUCUGUUGAGAUGCUAUUAAGAUCUGUAGUCCAGGAAGAAAGUGUUCCUCUACAAGUUAUUGCUAAGAAGUCCAAUGCAUGUGAUGAGCAGGGUUGCAUGAUUAGCCAAAUGGAACCUAACUUGAAUCAGGAUAGUAAUUUAUCAAAUAGAACAGUAGAUUUUUCAGAUGUAAAGCCAAUGUUGGUGCCUUGUGACAUUGAUGAGGGAUUCUCUGGAUCACCUGGUGAUGUUGGGGGGCAGCUGCCUCUGGCCCAGGAUGUUUCAUGCGGUCAUGAAGGUGGGAACUCUGUUGAUAUUGGUUUAGGUGAUUUUACUGGUAUCACUCCAGGGGGCGGAUUGUCUGUUGCUGUUGAGAGCACAUUCAUUGACAGUAGAUGUGAUAGUGUUGGUCAAAAUGCAGUCAAUACUGUGGUCUAUGAAUCUUUAGCUAUAAGGACACAAGAAAGUGAUGCUUCAGGAAUGCAAAUCGAUAUGAUGGAUACAGGAACUGUGAUUAGGGAAGAAGACGAGGAUGUCCUGAAUCAUAUUACAGAUUCAAGUGAUGGUAUUAAAAAUAUGGCUGCAAUGGAUGUUGGUGACCCAAUAGAGGAAACAGGUGCAUUGUGUGAAGGGGACGCAAUUGGUCAAACCCAAGACAUUUCUGAUGCUACUGUCAUUGAAGCUGGCAGUGAACAGUUACAGAGUCCUGCCUGCUCCACCCCUGCAGAAUAUGAAAGUGAGGCAAAUGUAAGUGGCAAUAGCAUAAGCAACAUGGAAGGAUCUUGUAUAUCGAGGAAGGAUGUUGGCUUGUCUGAAAACAUAAAUGCUACUGAUGUUUCUAGGGGAAGUGAAAGUAUAUCCUUAGUAAGUUUGGAUGGCAGGACAACUGAGACCAGGAAUGGAAGCAACAGUGUUCCCCAGUUGCAGACAGAUAGCUUUGUUACAAGCUCUGAGGAACACUUGAUAUCUGAGGAGAAUGAUACUUCUGCUGAUAGAACUGAAAGAUGUAACGUCCCCUCUGCCCAUGGUAGUGAUGAUUCUGAUUUUGUUGCUGCAAAAGCUAGUGAAGGUACUCCAUCAUCAGCAGCAGCUGAAACUCCGCAAGGACAUGAGAGAGUUAUGGUGCCGCAAAAUGAUGAAGACAAGAGAUUCUUACUAGACACUCCUUUUCAGCUAAAUACAAGUUCAGAGCAUACUUCUAAUGGUGUUGCUGUAAACAAUGAGGUUCAUGGUUCUCCAACAACUGAUAGAGAUAUCGGAUCACUUCCUGUCUUGGGCAUAGAAGGUGAGGCCUUAGGUAUCGAAUCCUUGGUUGAUGCGGCUGGUGGCAAUGAAAUAGGCAUGGAAUCUGUCCUAACAGCCAAAGAAGCUGAAAAGGAGAUUUCGAACUCAGAACUGAGGACAUCUGAAGGGACAGCAGCUGUAAAUCCUCUCACAGAAUCGGAGAUGGUUUCUGCUGAUGCAUCUGAAAAAAUGUUAAGUGCACCUACUGAUGAGUCUGUACCAAUAAUCGGCCACUGUACUCAUGAAGGUCAGGUUGAAUCUGAAGCAGUUCCAAUGAAUGAAGAUGCUCGAGAGUGUACAAAGGCGAUGGAAGAAUGUUCUGAUCAUCAUAUGUCUGCAAACAAGGACAAUGAUACUUCAAUUAUUAGAGAAGCUGAGGAGAAGACAUUGUUAGAAGCACCAGAAUCAAUGGAUAAAAUUGGACUUUCAGAUAAUAAUGACUCUAGCCAAAAUGCUACUCAACAAGGCUACAGAGAGGACAAAGCUGUGCUAUCCACAGGCUUGAAUGACAAACCGGAUGCAGUUGCAAGUAAAAAUGAAUUGGCAACUUCUGCUGAUCCUGAGAAGCAUCCUGUUCCUUCGCCUACAAUAGCGACUACCCCACUGCCUGAGGUACAACACCAAAGGGAGGAGACUAAAAGAUCUUCACAUCCGAGCACUCCAGCUCCGUCAAGCGAUGCCAACAGGUCUUCCCCUAAGAGGUCCAAAAUGGAUGUUCCCUCGAAAGAUGACGGGAGCUUCACUUUCCAGGUUCCUUCAUUUACCGAGUCGCCCCAAACGGAAAAUGCCAAGAAAAUGCAGGUUGUGCAGACAGUAGAGAUUAACAAAGCAUCCAUGCCUAUUCAGGUUCCUUCAUUUACUGGGUCCCCGCAAACAGAAAUUGCUAAGAAAUUGCCGGAUGUGCAGACCGUGGACACCAGCAAAGUACCCACGUCUAUGGAUGGGUCUCCCUCUACUUCUGGUUUAGUCCAAUUAGAUGCCAAGGUUGCGCAAGAUCUCUCUCAUCAGAGUCCUAAGGUUUCUGACAUAACUGUUCGGCAAAGUGCCCCAAAAGUAAAUUCUGAGCGUAAGCCAAGGAGAAGUAGGGCGACUGGUAAAGAAUCUGCUAAAAGGGGAAGGACCACAAAGGUGACGACACCUGCGAAAGUGGAAAGGGGUAACAAUGCAAAUAUUCCUCCGGGUUCGCCUGGACUUGGUCAUAAUGUAUACUCCAAUGAGAUGCAGCUUUUUGAGCAUAUAGAUAGCAGUGGUGUUAGACCAUUUGUUGGGACAUCAAUACCCGGUCUGCCAGAUCUGAAUUCUUCAGCCACUACCACGCUGUUUCAGCAACCAUUCACAGAUACGCAACAAGUUCAAUUGCGUGCUCAAAUCUUCGUAUAUGGAUCUUUGAUUCAAGGAACAGCUCCGGAGGAGGCAUACAUGAUAUCUGCAUUUGGAGGAGCUGAUGGUUGUAAGAGUGCAUGGGAGAAAAACUGGCGCUUGUAUGUUGAAAGACUUAAUACUCAAAGAUCUCAUCUUAGUACCCCUGAGACCCCUGUGCAGUCUCACUCUGGUGUGAUAGCUCCUGAACAGACCAGUAAGCAAAGCACACGUAAAGGUAAGGCCACUGGUGGUAGAUCCAGCAGUAAAGCAACUGCCUCAACUAUUCCAACCCCAAUGCUACCUCUUUCAUCCCCAAUUUGGAACAUGCCAACUCCUUCCAUUGAUCACUUGCAAUCAAGUAGCACAGCUAGGGCUCCUGUUCUGGAAUUCCAGAGGGCACUUUCUCCAUUACAUCCUCAUCAGACCCCAGCCAUGAGGAAUUUGGUGGCACAUAGCCCUUCUUGGAUCUCCCAGGGCCCGUUUGGUGCAUGGAUCACUUCUCCUCAAACAUCUGCAGUCGAGACUGGUAGUCGUUUCCCUGUACAGAUGGCUCAUACCGAGCCUGUUCACUUAACUCCUGCAAAAGAUUCAUUUGUGUCCCAUACAUCUGUGGUAAAGCAUGUUUCUACUCCUCUAGUGUCUCAUGCUGCUUCUUCAGGUAAUGUGUUGCCUAGUACUUCCAUGCCUGAUGUUGGUAAGGCAAUAAUAUCAUCGGGUCAGCAGUCUACUGCUCCAAAGCCUAGAAGAAGGAAGAAGUCAUUGGCGCCCGAGAACAUUGUGGAUAGAGGUUUAAAUCCGGAACCUCCACGAGAAAUUGUUCCUGGUGCUGCAGUUUCCAGUCAUCUGUCUACAUCUGUUUCCAUCAUAACCCCAGCUAGCUUUGUGUCUAAAGCCCCUGCAGAAAUGGUUACAGCAUUUCCAUCCCCUUUGACUACAAAUUUUAGAAAAGAAGAUCCGACAAGGGUGCAGAGGGCUACUUCCUCAGAUGAGGCCCUUGGUAAAGUGAAAGAGGCUAGAUCACAUGCAGAGGAUGCUGCUGCCUUUGCUGCUACUGCUGUUGGUCAAAGCCAACUAGUAUGGAGUCAAUUAGAUAAGCAAAGAGAUGCAAGCUUGUCAUCUGAUGUGGAAGCAAAGCUGGCUUCUGCAGCUGUUGCAAUAGCUGCUGCCGCGGCUGUUGCGAAAGCUGCAGCUGCGGCUGCAAAUGUUGCAGCAAAUGCUGCAUUGCAAGCUAGGCUAAUGGCAGAUGAGGCUGCUGCUUCUGGGAUUUAUAAUGGUCAGAGCUCUUUAAUCUCUUUCUCUAAUGACAUGGGAAAUGCAACUUCAGCAUCCAUAUUGAAGCGUGACAAUGGAACAAGUAGCUCCAGUUCAGUCAUUUCUGCUGCAAGGGAGACUGCUAGAAAGAGGGUUGAAGCGGCAUCUGCUGCAUCAAAACGGGCUGAGAAUAUGGAUGCCAUUAUCAGAGCUGCAGAGUUGGCUGCGGAAGCUGUUUCUCAGGCUGGCAAAAUUAUAGAUAUGGGUGAUCCUUUGCCGUUGAGUGAGCUAGUAGCUGCAGGUCCUGAGGGUUUCUGGAAAGUUUCCGAAGUUUCUCCACAACUUGUUGCUAAAUCAAAUGAGAUCCAUGCUCAAAAUUUGAGUGGUGACCGUGGUGGAGAAAUUCGUGAUGCUUCUGUUAGCCAUGAGAAAUCAUCAAUUGCCCCAAGAGAUAUCUCUAGUGACGACCAUGUAAACUUGGUAGAUAACUCACAUGUUGCUACUGGUAUAAAGGAUGCCAAGGGACUCCAAGCUCACAAGCCUUCCGAGAUAGCUAGAACCUUGGAAGUGGUUUUGCAAGAUGGAAGUAUACCUAAAUCUCCUACCAAUACUGAAAACGAACAUGUAGAAGUUGGCAGUUCAGAAGGAAGUGGCAUCAAGGAGGGGUCCUUUGUAGAGAUCUUGAGGGAUGGUAAUGGAUUUAAAGCUGCCUGGUUCUCAGCAAAAGUUUUAAACUUGAGGGAUGAAAUGGCUUAUGUGAGUUAUGACGAACUUACAUUAGGGGAAGGAUCAGAGAAACUGAAGGAGUGGGUAGCCCUUCGUGGUGAAGGAGCUGAGGCACCAAAAAUACGCAUCUCUCGUCCUCUUACUGUAAUGCCAUUUGAAGGAACUAGAAAGAGGCGUAGAGCUGCCAUAAAUGACUAUAACUGGUCAGUUGGUGACAGGGUGGAUGCAUGGAUACGAGAAAGUUGGUGGGAAGGGGUUGUCACGGAAAAGAACAAGAAAGAUGACACUUCGUUAACAGUGUAUUUCCCAGUACAAGGAGAAACAUCAGUAGUAAAAGCAUGGCAUCUUCGGACAUCUCUUCUAUGGAGUGAUGGGCAGUGGAUCGAAUGGUCCAAUUCAAGUGAGAAGAAUGUCCCUUCCCAUCUGGGAGAUACACCACAAGAGAAGCGACCAAGAAUAUGGAACCCUGUAGCAGACUCAAAAGACAAGGACAAAGUACCCGAGAACGCAAACGUUGACAAAGAGUCUGCUAAACCUGCUGAGCCAACAUUGCUGGAUUUGGCUUCUGAACAAAAGAUAUUCAACAUGGGCAAGAGCACUGGAGUCGCUAGUAGAAUGGCUCGAACCGGUUUGCAGGCAGAAGGGUCGAAUGUUGUGUUUGGUGUGCCUAAGCCAGGGAAGAAGAGGAAGUUCAUGGAAGUGAGCAAGCAUUAUGUUGGAGGAGCUCGUGGUCAUAAAACAACUGAUGAAACUAAUGACCCAUCGUCGAAAUUUCCCCGAUGGAGAGGUGGUACUACUUCGAGAACUGACACCACUGUGAAAAGAUCGGCCAUCCCCAAGCCCAGGAUUCCCAAGCUGCCUGGUAAAACUAGUGGUCAUGCCCAAGCCCAAGGCUCGACUACUUCUGGUGAUACUACUGUUGCCGCAUUUACAGAUCUUAAUGCGAAGACAAAGAAUGCUUCUGCGAGUGGAGGAGGUUCGAGUGGAACUGGAAAACAGAGUUCCAUUGAUUUCCGAGCCUUUUCUAGCUCCGAGGGGACGCCAAGGGCUCCUGUCGUGUUUUCUUCUGUCCGACAACCGGACGCUGUUCCGACUAAGAAACCCUCAACAGUAAAUGCGAGAGGUGAAAGGGGAAGUAAAGGGAAAUUCAGCACAGGUGUGGGUAAGUUGGGCAGGGUGGAGGAGAGAAAAGCUUCCUCAGGUGCUAGUUCAGCAGGAGAAACAUCCGGUGCUGAGGCUCCUCGUAGGUCCAACCGACGAAUUCAGCCAACAUCAAGACUACUGGAAGGGCUGCAAAGCUCACUGAUGGUCUCGAAAAUACCCUCUGUCUCGCACGAUAAAAGCCACAAAAGUAGGCCAGCCGCUAGAGGGAAUACCAAUGGUUGAAGGGUUUGGAGCGCUCUUGCAGUGGGAGUAGAGUGGAAAUAAAACCGCUAUUGGUAGUUCGACUUUUCGGGAAGAUGGAGAGACUCGGCUGAAGCAAAACGUGGGGAGUUGAAAAUGAAGAAAAUGAAGUUGGAAAUGAAGAGAAAUUUAGCUUAUUAGGAAGGGGUGAUUUUAGGGUAGUGAAUUUGGGGGAGAAUUCUUGCUCUCCCUUAGUAACUUGUGAAGAUAUUUAGUGCUGGGAGUGUGUAAUUUAGGAUGUUCAUAUAUCUCUGAUUAACGAUUUGACUAGAUUUAGAUUUUAGUCUGCUGUUGCUGCGUCCGUUAAUAGGGCUCUUAGUCUUGUAUAUGGGAAUUGUCCGUGUAGUAUUACAAGCUCGGGCUUUUGGGGUAUAUUGCUCAAGGCUUCUACCUUAAAACUAUUUUGCGGCCCACCAACGGCUAAGUUGGCUUAAACAAUGGAUAUGGUUGAUUUUAAGCAUACAAAAUGCAACUAGAAACGUAUCAAUCCAGGAUAUAUCGCCCAAUUUUCUACUUUCAUCUGCUCUUUAAUCUUUUUCCGAUCAAGAUAUUAUUCACUUUCAAUCUCUCCCACCGUAAUUGCUUAUAUAGUGGGUGUGACUAUGUUUUGCUCUACUCAUGGUAACGGAUGUACUAUUGGAAGCACAAUGACUUUUUGAAAUGUCACCCCAUUUUUUCUCUAGUGUGUAAACUGUAUGGUUUGAUAAGAAAAUCUCCUAAUUAGG